AUUGUGGCUUGGCUUGAGGUUGCGGUUCCCGAGAAGCAGCCAUUACAGUACGCUGCGUGUUUUGUCAGUAUUCCUAGGGAGCAUCGAGGCCAGUGAGGGGUUGCUGGAACUGGCGAAGGUAGUGUGGGUCGUGAGGAACAGCAGACGAAAGAGAGUCUAUUGAAGAGAGAGAGAGGGCUAUCCCGUCAGCGAGAGAACGAAAGAGAAAGAGUGGGAGUGAGAGGGAGUUUCCGCGCCAAAAGUGGAGACUGGACGGCGACGAACGUGACGUGAUACUCUCUCGGCUCGGCGAGUCGUUCUCUGAAGCUCAGUUGUCGUCGGACGAUUUCAUCACCUUUUUUUUUCUUCUUCCAGGGAGCUCAGCCACUCAAGCUCCGGCAUUCUCUUUAUAAUCGCUGUAGCGCUCCGCCGGCUUUCCUCUCUUUCCAGUAUCCCCUGCUCGGAAUUGCCGCCCGUCCCCGUCCGUACAGCACAGACUGAGACUGCCUUUAAUUUUCUGUCACUGUUCAGCAGCACCCGCCUUCCCCUCACAAGCCUCACCUCCGCCUCCGCCUCAUUUCCGCCUCCGCCGCACAUCCGCCUCACACCCUACGCUCCUCCUGUUCCGCUGCAUCCUUUCUCUACUCGUUUCCGCUUAUCUCACGUCCAUCAGUAUCCCCGAAUUCCGCAUCGUAUACUUACCUCCGACCCGACUCGCCUCGCUCUGCCGCCUCGCACCAUUCGCCGUUAGCCACCCAGCCAUACCCACUCCUCUCUCGUCUCUCCAAGUCCGCUCUCUAGUUCGUUCGAUUCCCUCGAUUCUACUCGUUCCCUCAACCGUCGCUCCCGCAUCACUGUCCUCGCCGUUACUCCCCGUCCGUCCCCUACCACCCGUCCUCAACGUCCGCCGCUUCCCCUUCCGCCGGUCCAGUCUCCGCUCCGGUCGAGUCGUUCUCGACUCUCCCUCUCUCUCUUUCUUACCUCCUCGGCGGUCCAGCCUCGCCUUCUUUCCUCCUCGGCUCCGCCCAUCCGCUUUCACUUGAGCAUAUCAAGCGAGGUUACCAUUACCAUGGACCUCCGAGCCCUUUCGAGCGUAGUACCCGUCUCACCAUCCGACCUACCCGUCUGCGCGAGCUUACGCAUGGCGCCGUGCAGCACGAGCAGCCAACUUAGUAACUCGCGCACUCAUCGGAGUAACCAGCUUCCGUUCGCUUCCCACCCACCCGCACUCCCUACCGCACGUUCCUCCGCACCUGCCGCGCCCUCCUUGCCCUCUCCUGUGGACCUCUUUCUCCGCUCCCCCGCUGGUGUCCCGCUCGGGGCGUCCCAUUUGCGCCGCUCCGGCGCUCUUCCGCCCACUUCCCCUGGCAGCUUGUGUAUACACCCCCUCCCCCCCAUCCCCCUCGCCCCGAGGGGGAGGGGAAGCGCGGGGGGGAGGGCGGGCGUUGUGAGAGUGCGCGCGGCGGGGAGUGAGACGGAGGAGACACAGGGUGGCGCGGGGGCGAUCCCUCCGCAACGGGCGCGCGUUUUGCAGCGGCCAUACCAGUCAUCCGGUCCCUCAGCCCGCGUCAGUGCCUUCUUUCGGUUUCUUUACGGAACAGCCACUUAUGCCGGGUUAGCAGCAGCAGCCGUAGCUGGAGCACGGUUGGCGGGUCUCGAUUGGUCGGGCGGGUUCCAGCCAUCGUUACAAGGAGUGCUAGACGGUUUCGCCUUCUCUGCUCCCCUCAUCGCCCUCGUUCUCGCACUAUUCCAGGAUCGAGUGGCGGAGCAGUGGGAAGUUGUGAGGGCAGUGAGGGACGCAGAUGACGCAGAGGCGGAGGACUAUUUCAAGGGCAUGAGCGCCUGGCAGUGCACCGUUGUCGCCGUCUCUGCUGCCCUGGCAGAGGAGCUUUUUUUCCGGGCAGCCCUGCAGGCGUUUAUAACUCACACGCUGCUGCUCUCGGGAUCUCCGUCGAUCGAUGCUCCGGCCGUUGGCAUGGCGGCUCUGACGGGCUUCCUCCCCGUCAUGGCGCCCUGCACGCAGCUGUGUGCCGCCACGCUCACAGCAGCCGUGGCCGGCUCGGUGUACUACGCUACAGCGCUGCCCAGAGAUGCUGUCAUUGUGGUCACCCAGUCAUACAGCCUCAUGGAGCUGAGGUCUGCAAUCAGAGCCUGGCAUGAGCGGCAGCAGCACCAGAAGAUCUACCCGCCCAUGUUUGCCUCCAUCCUGAGCCUCUACUAUGGAAUCGAAUGGGUCAUGACGGGCAAUCUCCUUGCACCCAUGCUGACACACGCUCUUCUUAACCUUAUCGUCUUGCACAUGAGCCUGGUGCGCAUGGACGACAGGCAGCCUGGUCACCCUUACCAGCCUUACCAGCCUAACCAGCCUGGCCAGCCCUCUAAGCCUGUUAGGGAUUCCCGGCCGGUUAAGCCUGUUAAGCCUGCAAACAAGGCGCUCUAAUUGUUGAUACUAGCAAGCGAGCGAGCCAGCAAGGGAGGGAGGGUGGAAGACCUUGUGGUCGAAAUUAGCGGACACACAAGAGUGCAGCUGAGGGGCUGGAUGUUGAAUGACUUCAAUGCAUUGGUGUGAAAUCCUGCUUGUGCAUCCUCAUGCCGUGCUACCUUGGAUGAGCUGCAGUUUUCCAACUUGAGUUUUGUUUGUACGUCGCUGUCAUGGCGGCAUCCUAUUUGUCCUCUUUUUAGAUUACCGGCACCUGAGCGAAUUCAAAUAAAGAAACAUUUGCCGAAAAUGAGAGGAUGUUGCAUUGCAAGAGAGCAU